CUUUCGCUGCUAUCGAUUUCUGUCAUAAGACGGUUGAUAGAGAGACUUUACGUAACUUAUUUUUUAUGUGUGAGCAUCAGUAUCAGACGGUGAACAGAGCUGUAGUAAAGCUGUGAGGUGCAAGAGAAAAGCUAAGCUCCUUCAUUUCAGUCAAUAUAAUAUGCACAAGAAUUAGAAAAGCGUUAUCACAAUGUUCAUUUUAACAAAAUGUGUGAUUCUAUCCCUAUAUUUCAUCAUUGGCUGCAACUUAACAUAUGGUCGGAUGGGUUAUUAUAAUCAUUUUAAACGAUUCGACACUGGUUUACUGUCAGAAGGUCUACCAAUGUGGUUAGAAAAACGCGAAGAAUUCAGAAAUCCUUUUAAUUAUCAAGAUAUUUCAAAAGCAUGGAAGGAGAGAAACGAUCUAGAAGUCGAUGAAUUGAACCGAAUAAUCAGUCAAAGUGAAAUUUACCGCCCCUCAUCAACUUAUUUUGAUCGACAGAUAAAAUCUGAUGUUUAUCCUGAAGAAUUCAUUAAUAGGGAUCUGAGAGCUAAACCUGCUUUUGGAAGUGAUGAUACUUUAGCAACGAAUGGAUUACGUUCUUAUAUGCACUGGCAACCAGCUGUGGUCGGUUCAGUGUGUGCAGUACUGGGUGUGUUGGUCAUUGCUGCAGUUGGAACCAUUUAUCAGAAACGAAAACUUCAAAUGAAAUCUAGUUUAAGUCAAGACGAAGAGGAUAUUUUGGAGAAUUCAAAAUUAUCGAAUAAAAUUCUAUCACUUAAUUCAGACGAUGAUCGUAAACUCGCUCAGUCAGCACAAAUGUAUCAUUAUCAACACCAGAAACAACAAAUGUUAGCGCUUGAAAAGGUUAAUGAUCAUACUCGAACAAGUGAUGACGAUGACAGUGAAGAUGAUAUCGAUGAAGGCGAUUUCACCGUUUAUGAAUGUCCAGGAUUGGCUAAUACUGGUGAAAUAGAAGUCGAGAACCCACUGUUUGACAAUGAUGCCGGGGAAAAAGUACUGAAUACAAGCGGGAGUUCCGGUGAGCUGAUCGGCUGUAGUGAUUUAGAAGAGCAUUUCAAUGAAGGUGAAACAACAUCACCAUCAACACAAGGUGGCGCGGUAUCUACAAAUAAUAAUAAAUAGACCACGUUAAAUCAGAUGAAAAGAUGAAUAUACAAGUGUUUAAAAAUUAUUUCUCAUAUUGUAUGUUGUCUGUCUGUGUUUGUAGUGUGUGUGUGUGUGUGUGUGUGUAUACGCAUGUACGCGAUCAGUCCGUUGUUAACAGUCAUUCAUUUCAUUUACAAAAUGAACAACAACAGUAACACCAUCACAUAUAGGAUUAUGAAAAGUUUCAUCAAAAAUUACACAGAACAUGCCAAAUGAUUUAGAAUGCUAAAGAAAAUAUUUUCUUCCCUUCGACCUUAGAGAAAUCAGAGUAUUAUCGAAAAGACAUUCUUCACACUGAUUCAAGAUUUCCUCGUUUCUAUUUAGACUACUUAUAAGUAACUCAUCUUUUUUUCAGAAAACAUUCGUCACCCUAGACUACAACAAGUUUUUUUUCAAGAAUCCUGAUUUACUAACAUAUUUAAUGUUUCUUUUUGUGAACAGGAAGCAUAACACACUAGUGAGCUAAUUAAUAAAUAACUUUCUAAGGCCAUUUAUUUUUCUAACAAUUAAGCUAAACUGUGGACAUCAUUUAGAGACGAUGUGUUGUUUUUUGUCUUUACUUUUGUUUCUCAUCACUUUUAUGCGGGUAUGUACUUUCAUGUUGUUUUUAUUUGAAUCUUAGUUACAAUUUGAGUUUUCUUUAUUGACUGAUGUGACUGUUGAUAAAAAUCAUUUAUAUUUGUGUUAGUGUGCUUGUUUUUGUGAAUUUUCAUUUGUGCGUAUUUUCCAUCAUUUUUUACUCAUCAGUUACCUGCUAUUGAUAACAUUUUAUCUUUUGGUUAAUUCACCUCAUAUUUCUUAAGACUCUCGGUGUUUCUUGACCUGCAUGUUCUUCAUAAUCAUUGUCUGAUUAAAAAUUUCUGAAAGACAGCAUUACUACAUGGGAUUUAUCAGCUUUUAUUUUAAGAACAUAGUCAAACAGACAUAAAUAAGUUGAACGUUUGAGUAAAUAACAAGUCUUUAGGGCUUCCUGAGUAUUAUAUAAUGACCUCUAAUAUCACAAAUGACUGUCGACGCCACAUUGGUCUUCAUGUACCCGGAUGAUAUUUAAAGCUAAACGACAAACACAAG